AUGUCCGUCAAGCCUAUUCGCGUCGCCGCGGUUCAGGCCGAAGGCUGCUACUUUGAUUUGAAAGCUGCAGUCGAGAAGACAUGCAAGCUCAUAGAGGAAGCUGCUGGUAAAGGCUGCGACUUGAUUGCCUUUCCCGAAGUCUGGAUCCCGAACUAUCCAGGUUGGAUCUGGCAGAGGCCCAUUGACUUUGACAUGGUCAAGGAAUACAUGAAGUCCUCCCUCAAACGGGACGGUCCGGAGAUGGCUAGAAUCUGUGCUUGCGCAGGCAAGAACAAAAUUGCCGUUAUGCUGGGAUACUCGGAGAAUGCGAAUCAUUCCUUGUACCUAUCUCAAUCUUUCAUCGGCAAAGAUGGAGAGAUCAAAAUGAACCGACGCAAGAUCAAGCCUACCCAUGUCGAGCGAACCUUGUAUGGGGACGGCAGCGGUGCUUCUCUUCACAAUGUUGUCGAAGAGCCUGGCAUCGGCAAGGUCGGUGCCUUGUCUUGCUGGGAACACUCUCAGCCCUUACUGCGCUACCACACUUACUCUCAGGGCGAGGAAAUUUAUGUGGCUGCUUGGCCCCAGCGUAGUACCCUAUUUAAUCCUAUUUAA